AUGAGAUUCUUGUGGACAUUCUUCUUCCUUGGAUGCGUACUUAACCAGAGCCAUGUCUCAUCACAAGAUUUCAGCUACGGAUUAGACAUAAAAAAUGGAAACAGUGAUGCAUUGAAUCCAGAGCUUCUAAGUGAUGGUGAAGGUGGAUACAUUAAUUUUGGAGAUGGCAGUGAAAAACUGGCUGCUAUGCCUGUUACUUCAUCUAUAAAGGUCCCUGAAGUCAAGCAGGACAUCAUGGAUGAACUUGAUCAACUCAAGAUGAAUGCUUCAGACUCCCUGGACACAAGUGACAUCACCAGCGGACUGUCAACACCUGUUCUCAGCCAAGACAUCAUGGGUCAGGAGGCACUGUUGAGCACUGUUAUUCUCAACAGCCAGAAUCUCAUCACUGAGAGAGAAAAGCUACAGAUGCUUCUCCUGGGUGGCAGUCUAUCGUUUGGUAUCAAAAAUGAACUCGUGGAGGCCGCAGGGACCAAGGCUGUAGAAGGCCUGGUUUGCAAGGGCUCCCUGGGUGGCCUUUGUGGCCACGGGAGUCUCUCUGGCAUGAAUGAUGUUCUGAAGAACAUGAAUUCUGGGAACCUCAGUAGCUGGCUCAAUGUCACUCGCUUCGAUAUUGUCCAGUUGUCAUGGAAGGUCUUUGCUGCAUCCAGUCUUGAAAUUAAAUUCCAGACAAAGCUGACUAUCAACUUUUCAGGGAUGCUUUCGUUUCUCAGUGGCUCCACAGUGGAUGUGAACAUCACGGUCCCCUUGGAUUUGCACCAGACUGAGCCUGGCCAACUCUCAUUUUCCGUGAAGAGCUGCCAGGCUGUAUUCACUGGGAUCCAAGUGAAUACAGGCACGUUCUCCAGAAUGAUGGAAUCGAUGGCUAAAUGGUCCUUGAACAUUUCCUUGCCCAAUAUAUUGUGCCCAGUGGUCCGAUUCUGGUUCUACAUCAUCAACCAACAAUUGACCGUUCUGAAAAAUAUUGCCUCACUUGGGAUGUCAGGGAACAGCAACUUGCCCAUUACCCCACAGCCCAUGUUGUAUGAACGCUCUUAUCACAUGGACCUUAAGGACAAAAGCUUCCCAGCCUCUUUCAUCAAUUGGCUGAUUAAAAGUAAGUAUUCUUUCUCAUACCCACCCCAGAAUUCCCCAAUCUUACCUCCCUCUUUAGUGUUGAAUAUUCUGUGGGAAGAAUACUGA